AUGGGGAGCCAGGGCAGCCCUGUGAAGAGCUACGACUACUUGCUGAAGUUCCUGCUGGUCGGGGACAGCGACGUGGGCAAAGGGGAGAUCUUGGACAGUCUGCAAGACGGCUCUGCGGAGUCUCCAUACGCAUACAGCAGCGGCAUCGACUACAAAACCACCACAAUCCUGUUGGACGGCCGCAGAGUGAAGCUGGAGCUGUGGGACACUUCGGGACAGGGACGAUUCUGCACCAUCUUCAGGUCGUACUCUCGAGGAGCUCAGGGAAUACUGCUGGUGUACGACAUCACAAACCGCUGGUCCUUUGAUGGAAUUGACCGCUGGAUUCGGGAAAUUGACGAGCAUGCCCCUGGUGUUCCUCGGAUCUUGGUGGGGAACCGGCUGCACCUGGCCUUCAAGCGGCAAGUCCCCACAGAGCAGGCACGCGCCUACGCAGAGAAGAACGGGAUGACCUUCUUCGAGGUCUCUCCUCUCUGCAACUUUAACGUCAUCGAGUCUUUCACCGAACUGUCCAGGAUCGUUCUCAUGAGACACGGCAUGGAAAAGUUCUGGAGACCCAACCGAGUCUUCAGCCUGCAGGACCUGUGCUGUCGAGCCAUCGUCUCCUGUACCCCGGUCCACCUGAUAGAUAAGCUGCCGUUGCCCGUGGCGAUAAAGUCCCACCUGAAGUCCUUCUCGAUGGCCAACGGGAUGAAUGCCGUCAAAGUCCAUCAGGCCUCCUCAGAGCCCCCCCCAGAACUGCACCAGGAGCAACUGCAAGAUCUCCUAAUGCACACUACACAGAUCGUUUUGAACCAGCCUCCUGGGACCAGCUCUGGACCCAUCCGGACCCGUCCGGACCUGCCUGGCCCUGUCGUGAGCAGACUCUGGUGGGUCUAA